UUGGUAACGGAAAAGGGGGGCCCACGGCCAGAGGGAAGGAGAGAGGAGAGGUACCCGGACUAAUCACAUGACCGCUCUUCAUCUUGUUAUCUAUCUGUGUUGGAUGUAUACGGUCAGUUGUCGGACCUAACCCUUCACACAGUCAUCCUUCCAAUCAAACAGACGUGGGGAUCGAUUAACCGGGUAUCGACAUGUCAGACAUAGUUCCUCCAGAAGUGAGACCCAAACCAGCCGUCCCUGCCAAGCCUCCCAAUGUGGGGGCACCUUCCCCCUCCAGUCCCUUCCCACCCCAGGGGCCCGGUAUCGGAGGAAGUGGCACCUCUGCUCCCCCACCAAGUGGUAUCCCGGUUCCCAUUGGGAGUCACGGCCCAAGCCACGCUGGCAGCCAUGGUGUGGGUCACGGUUUGGGCCACAGUGCAGGCCACGGUGGAGGACACUCUGCUGCCCAUAGUGGAGGCCAUGGUCAGAGUGGCACCCACAGCUCCACCGGUGGAUCCACUCUGCUCGGGUACAUCGGCAUUGACACUAUCAUUGAACAGAUGAGGAAGAAGACCAUGAAGACUGGCUUUGACUUUAAUAUCAUGGUUGUAGGACACAGUGGGCUGGGAAAGUCCACACUGGUGAACACUCUGUUCAAGUCCCAGGUGAGCAGAAGGAGUGCAGGAUGGGCCCGCGAUGAGAAGAUCCCCAAAACGGUGGAGAUCAAAUCAGUGUCUCAUGUCAUUGAGGAGGGUGGUGUGAAGAUGAAGCUGACACUUGUAGACACUCCAGGCUUUGGUGACCAAAUCAAUAAUGACAACUGCUGGGAGCCCAUUUCCAAGUUCAUCAAUGAGCAGUAUGAGAAGUUUCUAAAGGAGGAGGUCAACAUAACCAGAAAGAAGCGAAUCCCUGAUACCAGGGUGCACUGCUGUCUCUAUUUCAUUUCCCCAACGGGACACUCUCUUCGGCAGCUAGACAUCGAGUUCAUGAAGCGCCUAAGUCACUCUGUCAACAUUAUUCCUAUUAUUGCCAAAGCAGACACAAUGACCACUGAGGAGAGACAGGAGUUCAAACAAAGGGUUAGGAAGGAGCUAGAGAUGAGUGGCAUAGAGUUUUACCCACAGAAAGAGUUUGAUGAUGACAUGGAGGAUAAAAGUGACAAUGACAAGAUCCGAGAAGCGAUGCCCUUUGCUGUGGUUGGCAGCGACAAAGAGUACCAAGUGAAUGGCAAACGAGUUCUGGGGAGGAAGACAGCAUGGGGAGUCGUUGAAGUUGAAAAUCCCAACCACUGUGAGUUUGCUCAGCUGAGAGACUUCUUGAUCAGGUCUCACCUUCAGGAUUUGAAGGAGGUCACUCACAACAUUCAUUAUGAAACGUAUCGUGCCAAGAGACUGAACGAGAACGGAGGUCUGCACCCCAUAUCCUCCAGCGACACCCAAGAAAGCAACCUGUAGUCAAUGAGGGGGAACAGCACAGACAAAGAGAGAGUAAAACACGGUGCAAUGAAGCUGAUAAAUGAAAUAACAGUCUAUUAGCUUUGCUGUCAGCACAGCAUCGCUGCAUGCUAGGAAAAUAUUUGAACCUGUAUAAAUCAGUGUCAUUUUAACCAUAUCAUUGUUGUACAACUCUAGACACCACUUGUCGUUUCCUCCACUUUCUUCCCUUACAGCAUCACCAUAUAUCAAACCUCUCUGAUUUGAGUUUACCCUAGAAAUAUUAAGGCAGCCCCACCUACACAGUCAGUGCCAUUAUAAAAUGAACGUUUAGACUUCUGCCGUUGCUGUCUUUGCUCACUGUCCAGGUAGUUUGAGCUGAAGUGCCACAUGAUGUUUUCAAAUUGUACUGCAACUGAUGUCUGAAUUAAGACAAUGAAAUGCUUUGCUCCACUUACUAAAAGCCAAAGUCGACUGCCGAAGUGAUGCACACGUCAGCUCUGCAGAUGAUGCUGUAUAAAUUACUUUCUUAAAAUUCUCAGCAGCAACUGUUCAUUUGGAGGAAGGCUCCCCACGGCUUUACUGUCAGCAGUGCUUUGCAAACAUUACAAGCUGUACUGUCUUCUUUUAUUCUCAUGCAGAAAACAAAUGACAUUUCUCUAAUGCUUCCUCUCCGUUUUUAAUUUUAGAAUAGUUUGAGACCUGCUUACUAAAAUGAGAGACAGCUGCAACAUCAGUCACAAAUGAAAUGCAGUUCUGUGGGCGGCAGCGUGUGAGCAAUUACAGAGUCUACGGGGUGCGCGACAGCGCACACUGCAGAUUUUGGGAUUCCAUGAUUCACCAUAAUAGCACAAACACGGGCUGAAGAGUCACUCAACAUGGCUUGAUAUGCAGCUGAGGGUGUAGAUGAGAAGAAUUUAGUCCAGUGCAUGUGCUAUCUGUCUUGCAUUUGCUGAUUAAGCUUUCUGCAUUAGAAAAAGGAUCAGUUUUUGUUAAACACUACUUAUGUUUUCUGGAUAAAAAGUGAUACAGUGAACAGUCCUACCUGAUAAAAUGCCCAUUUUAAGCUGAUCUGAAAGGGUAUUUCCAGUAAUGCUGCUUUAGUUAAUACUCACCCUGGUUGAUUUAAUGCAGUUUGUUCUCAUUGGCUGCAGUUAAAUUGAAAUAGGCUAAAACAGUAAAAUAUCUUUUCUUAGUUUAAUGUCUCGUGCCAUGUAAAGUGUUUGUAAACAUAUCAGAGCUGUGAUGUGACGGCCAUUGUUAUUGCCAAGACCAACAUUGAGUUAAUUAUGAGUUAAGAUUAACUUCCCCCUGUUGACCACUAGGUGGCAGCACUCUACAAUGUUAAAGUAAAGGGUCGAUUGAAUAUGAACAAAAGAAGCUCCCCUCAGACAUUCCACAUGGUCAGGAUUCAUUUAGACUUUUUCCCCCUUGUUUCUACUUACUUUGGUUCUUAAAAGUUUGCACAUUUAGGGGUCAGCCACAGCAAAAAACAUUUAUUAUCUCCAGUCAUGUUGUACAAGACAUUUUGAUAACUACUUAAAUCAUAUCCUCUCUUCAAACUUGUGUAGUUACUCCAAAAAGCAUCUGAGUACUUAGAUGUAAACAUGUUUGCCAAGUUUUCUUCAGGAACUCAACAUGCAUACUCCUCUGCCAUCUACUGUUUGCAUUAGAGCACAAAUAUGCCAAAUUUACAAGUAGUUCAAUCUUUCAGUAUCCAUCUUUUUUUUUUUGUGUUAAAUUCUGUUACACAAUCAUUUACUUUUGUGAGUUUGAUAUGAGAUGUGAUGUGUGCAAUGAAGUAACUCUAGUUAUCUGUGGUUUAGUGCUGUCCAAGGAUUUCAAGCAGAAAUAUGAAACAGUAUUGCAAAACUUUCUCUGUUUCUACUCGUGGUCAUGUGUGCAUGCUUGUAUCCAUGUUGCCUGUUUGCUUCCAGUCAGUGUACACAUCAUUAGAUCUUUACGUCAACUUAUCAACUCUGAAUGUGUGAUGUGUACAUUAAACUCAUGGGAUAAAGACCUGCUUUUUGGAACCUGUAUCUGAACUCACAGACCACUCAGUAUGAUUUCACUGUAUAACUUAAAUUAAAUAACCACCUUUAAAAAAAGCUGUUACACAUUGAGAUAUAAUUUCCUGUGUUACAUUGAGUUGUUUGUACAUUAAUGUAUUAUUUAUUGUAAUUUAUUCUUUAUUUAAUAAAGGCACAUUUCCAUGUU